AUGUACCGUAGUCCACCUCUGGACCCGUGGGUGGAUGCGCAGUCCCGUGACCUCUGUGCUGCCCCUUUCUGCCCGGCCAAUCAGAUCGCCGCCCUGGCCUCCUCGAGAUUUCCCACGCUUUUCCUGCCAUCGCAGUCGUCGUCCUCCGCGGAAACGGCGUCCUUUGCAGCCUCCCACCCUAUUCAUCCUGUCCUAUCCCACACUGAAGAGCUUCCCUCCUGUUCUCGCUUUGCCUCGCGUGGCUAUCGCAGCAACCCGCGCCGUUCGUUCGAGUCCCGCAGGUCUGCACGUUCCUCGACUGAUCACAUCAGAUCAGCCCCUGCCUCCCGAUCCCUUCCACGGUUAAAUAACUCCUCCUGGGUUCAACCCGCGAUUCUACGACCUCCCUCGGUUCGCCUGGCAAACCCCGUCAACUACGUCCCGCGAGCCAGCCCCGUCACCGUCCCUCAUCUGUUACAGAUCUCCGACGCAAACCUCCCUCUGGAAGCGCAUCGGGACGCCUACCCGCUCCUGUCCAUUCCCGAGCAACGUCGCAGUCGAGUCACCCCAUCCCCGAGUAGCUUGACAGUGGAGCAUAGCCAGGGCGAGAUUGAGAGUGGCCGAUCUAGCAUUGCAGUGCCUCGAGGGCAGUGGCGCAGUGGCGCAGUCGACGACCACUGGGCUGCACAAGACAUGUCCGAAUUGACGGAAAGGAACGGGAGCCAGGAGGUAAAGAGUCUUCGUCCGCCCGACCGGGCACACCUGGGCCCUUAUGAUGAUGAGCGACCGCGUCAUGUCCGGUCCCAGACCUCCCUGCGGUCACAAUCCCAGAUAGCUUCGGUCCCCUCAAAUACCGUCCCUCCGGCGACUGGCGACGCGGAGGUGGCAGAUGAACUCGCCUGGGGUCCAGCCCACCCGUGUUUCCCCCAUAUCAAUUCGCAUGUACCGAUUGGAUCGCAGGAGUUCGUGACAACACGGAUCAUUCGAAUUCGCCGGGAUUGGAUGAUCAAGGGAGAUCUGGCGCCGACGUUUUCAAAUCUCUACCCGGAGAUCCUCGACCCGUUACUCCCGGAGCAGGAGUUUCGCAGGGUGAUAGCCACGGUUAAUGACGAGCUGAUCAAGGCGUUUGAUCCGUUCAGCUUUCGAAACUGGCUGGAUGGUGCGUUGGGGCUGAUUACCGGUUGGCUCUGGGAGGAUAUCGGUGCAUCGGCCAUCAAGAGCCACCUGCAACGGGUGGAAAACUGGAUCGAAAACUGGAACCAAGAGGUCGGUGCCAAAGAUGGGGUGCGCAUCUGGGGUCUUCGACGCACGGCCUACAUGUCCUUGGAUAUCCAGAUUCCUGACCCUAAGUACAACCGCUUUCCCCACCCAGAUAUCUGGAGCUACGCCGAACUUCAGCUUCUCCUCUCCUUACCCAACCCUUGCAAAUACUUCCUCGUCGUCCUCGACCACCCUUUCCUCCCCAACUCUCUCCCUUUCCUCAUCAUGCUCUCCGGCAUUCUCAUCUUCAACCAAAAAGGGGAGAACCUCAUCUUCCGUGCCUUCCGCAAUGAUUGUCGCCCUCGCCUCGCCGACAUCUUUCGCAUCCAGGUCAUCUCCAACCCCCAGGUCCGUUCCCCCAUCUUGACGCUGGGCUCGACGACUUUCAGCCAUGUGAAGCACGAGAACAUCUAUCUGGUGGCAGCCACGAAGAGCAAUGCCAAUGCCGCGUUAGUGUUUGAAUUUCUGUAUCGGCUGGUGCUGCUGGGGAAGAGUUACUUUGGCAAAUUCGACGAGGAAGCGGUGAAGAACAAUUUCGUACUAGUCUAUGAGCUGCUCGAUGAAAUUCUGGAUUUUGGAUACCCGCAAAACACCGAGACCGAUACCUUGAAAAUGUACAUCACCACCGAGGGAGUCAAAUCGGCAAUUGCCAACUCUCCCACCGAUUCCAGCCGGAUCACAAUGCAAGCGACCGGCGCGCUCUCCUGGCGUCGCUCCGACAUCAAGUACCGCAAGAACGAAGCCUUCGUGGACGUGAUCGAAGACGUCAACCUCCUUAUGUCGGCCACAGGCACGGUCCUUCGCGCCGACGUCAAUGGCCAGAUCGUCAUGCGAGCAUACCUUUCGGGCACGCCGGAGUGCAAAUUCGGCCUGAACGACCGCCUCCUCCUCGACGGCGACACGGCCGGCUCGUCGCCAGCUGGAAACCGAGAGGGUGCCAUGAAAGCCACACGCGCAGCCGCGGGGUCCGUGACCUUGGAGGAUUGUCAGUUCCAUCAGUGCGUGAAAUUGGGCCGUUUCGAUGCGGACCGGAUCAUCUCCUUUGUGCCGCCGGACGGCGAGUUCGAGCUAAUGCGGUAUCGAGCGACGGAGAACGUCAACCUGCCAUUCAAGGUGCAUCCGAUCGUGCGGGAAGUCGGGACAACCAAGGUGGAAUACAGCGUGGCGAUUAAGGCGAACUAUAGUCCAAAGCUGUUUGCGACGAACGUAGUGAUCCGCAUUCCCACGCCGCUUAACACGGCCAAAACCACGGAGCGCACCAGCCAGGGCCGCGCCAAGUAUGAACCCGAACAUAACAACAUCGUGUGGAAGAUCGCGCGGUUCUCCGGGGGAAGCGAGUACGUGCUCACUGCAGAGGCGACCUUGACCAGCAUGACGCAUCAGAAGGCGUGGAGCCGUCCGCCGCUGAGCCUAUCGUUCAGUCUCCUGAUGUUCACGAGUAGCGGGUUGCUGGUGCGGUAUCUCAAGGUGUUUGAGAAGAGUAACUACAGCAGUGUCAAAUGGGUGCGAUAUAUGACCCGGGGCGGAAGUUAUGAAAUUCGAUUCUAG